UGUUCAGGAGUGCAGGAGGAGGAGAAGGGGAACGGAUUGCUAACCGAGCUAGCCGGAUCCCUCCCGAUUAGAGAAACGCGGCUGAACGUGGUCAUGUUGCACACGGUAGGCUUGGAUUAUCUGCCCCGCUGCUGAACGAGGGGAGGGGGGGGACUCUUUCUUUUUUUAACGGACUAGCUAAACCGGUUCGUGAGGAUUUUCAAAAUCUGAGCCGAAAGCGAGUGAACGUUAGCUGGCCUAGCCGAACUCGGGAGCUCGUCUCCCAAAAACAAGAAUGGGGUCUAGGUCCAGUCGGAUUAGCUCGCUAGUGAAGUGACCUUUGAUUGUGUUCUUUUGAUGGCGAAUUUCACGAACUACCAGGAAGGUAAGGCGGCGAUGUUGAUGGUGGAGACAGCCGCGGCGACCGCAAACGGGGACGGCUCGGUCGGGGAACCCCCUUCCCCGUUAAUUAAUAUCAGCGGCGGUGCAGGAGGAGGAGGAGGAGGAGGAGGAGGCGGCGGCGGCGGCUCUCGGUUCCAUCUACCGCCCUCAAACCACCUCCACCAUCAACACCUCGGCCACCAUCAACCACAACAGCACCACCACUACCAGCUGGCGCCGCAGCAGCAGCAUCUUUCCGGGGAAAACAUCGCCGAGUCCCCCGGCAGGAAAGCCUCCUCCUCGGUGCUCGGCCAGGUACACGCCGCUGAGGACCCCGCCGCUGCCGCGUCUCCUGCCGCUUGCAGCAGCAGCGGCGGCAGCAGCGGCGGCCAUGUAUACGCCGCUGUGAAUGUCGUCAAUACCUCGGACGUUGGGGAUGAUAUUCGCAAAUUUGGCUAUUUGAGAAAGCAAAAACAUGGACACAAGCGGUUUUUCGUGCUCAGGGCGGCCAGUCACCUCGGGCCGAGCCGCCUGGAGUACUACGACAGCGAGAAGAAAUUCAGGAACUGUCUGCGCUCUGCUGCUGCGGCCGCCGCCAGCGGUGGAGCGGUCGCCCCUUCUCCUCCGAAAAGGGUUAUUUACCUCUCCCAGUGCUUCACGGUGAACAAAAGGGCGGAUUCUAAAAACAAACACCUCAUUGCCCUUUACACUAAGGACGAGUAUUUUGCUAUUGUGGCUGAAAACGAGCAGGAGCAAGAGGACUGGUACGUGGCUGUCAGUGAGCUUAUGAGUGAGGGUAAAAAAGGGCACUUGGAUUCGGAUGAUUUAGAUGAUGGAUACGGUACUGUAACUCCUGGUACUGUGUUUAAAGAGGUGUGGCAGGUGAAUGUGAAACCUAAAGGACUGGGUCAAACGAAAAACCUCACAGGUGUUUACCGACUAUGCCUCUCAACGAAAACCCUUCACCUCGUAAAGUUGAACUCUGAAACCCCCUGUGUUAACCUUCAGCUGAUGAACAUCAGACGCUGUGGACAUUCUGAAAGCUUUUUCUUCAUCGAGGUGGGUCGCUCCUCCUCUAUCGGGCCCGGGGAGAUAUGGAUGCAGGUGGACGAUUCUGUCGUGGCCCAAAACAUGCACGAGACUAUCCUGGAGACGAUGAAAGCCCUGAAAGCUUUUGCGGAGUUCAGACCGAGGAGCAAGAGCCAAUCAUCAGGCUCCAACCCGAUGCCGUUCAUCACAACGCGGCGCCACCUUGGCAACCUGCCACCGAGCCAGACUGGACUGCAGCGGAGGUCGAGAACGGAGUCGGUCGUUGGCACGCCGCCUUCGAGUAAAAGCUCCGGCGCCAGUGGUUACCGCUUCCGAACAUCCAGCGAGGGCGAGGGGACGAUGAAUCGCCCGUUCCGCUCUGCCACCGGAAGCCUGGUCCACCUCAACUCCACACGGGCUCAUCACGGUCGACAGGACGGGGCGGGAAGCGGCGGCGGAGGCAGCGUGGCUACGGGAAAUGCCGGUACCAGCACCGGAAGCGGACGCUACGUCAGAGCCAUCCCCGGCACGUCAUCCACCUACCACGCCCGCUCCGCCUCUCUGCCGGUCUCCCACUUCCCUUCCACCACCAGCCCGGUGAGCGUCUCCUCCAGCAGUGGACACGGCUCGGUCUCCGAUACCCUCACGCGCCCCUCGAGCGCCUCGAUAUGCGGCUCGCCAUCGGACGGCGGCUUCAACUCCUCGGACGAGUACGGCUCCAGCCCGGGCGACUUCCGAUACUUCCGGGUGAGGAGUAACACGCCGGACUCUCUGGGCAACACCCCGCCAAUCAGAGAGGAGAACUGUCUGAAUGAUUACAUGGCGAUGGGCUGGAACCGGGAGGUCUUCGGCACUGGCGCCGGCUCUGGAAACAACAGCGGAGCUGACACGCCGCGUGACGAGAGCACGUCGACGACGGAGGAUGAGCGCUUGUCUUCUUCAUCAUCAUCACUAAGAAGGAGGACUCACUCCUUUUCCAGGCCUGCAGGCGGAGCAACCGGUGGUUCUGGAGUGGCGGUUUACCAGAAAAUGACCCAGACCAACUUCUCCUUAGAAGAGGGGUCGGAUAUCGUGUUGCCGUUCGGGAGUGGAUUGCUCCGCGGCGGGCCCUCUUCCUCCUCGUCCUCCCUCCGCUCCGACUACAGCUCCUGCUCCGAGCACAGCCAGCAGAGCCGCCCCUCCACGCUCUCCAGGACGGAGGCCGGCAGCGAGCGGCCGCCCCUCUCCUCCUCUUCCUCCUCCGCCGCCGCCGCCAAGGAAGACAGCGGCUACAUGCCCAUGUUGUGCGGCGUGGCGGCGUCCCCGCGAGACACGCCCACCGACUACAUGCCUAUGCAACCCAGCUCUUACUCCCACUCCCCCCAGUUCCACAGUCCGGCUUUAGGCCCCCGCUCGGCCCACCACCAACCCCAGCUCCAGCCGCAGGCCUCCAGAGACUCCCACGGCUACAUGAUGAUGCUCCCGGGGGGCAGCGGCAGCUCCCCCUCCCCUGGUCACGCCUCCCCCAGCCCUCACAGCAGCUCCAGCAUGGCGGGGGCCGGUGGGAGUGAGAGCAUAGCGGAGAGACCUGAGAACGGGGAAUAUAUGGACAUGUCGUACAGCAGCAGCAGCAGCGGGGGGCGCAAGCUUUCAAACGAAGGGUAUUACACAUCCGGCACACCUGAGAGCACCCCGAAGUCUUACAGCCCCUACUUCUCCCUCCCUCGCUCCUACAAGGCCCCCACUCGAGAGAGAGACGAGAAAGAGUACGGGGAGUAUGUUCCGAUGAGUUCUCCUGCCAAACCUGUCUUUUCAUCGGUCGCCACAGCUUCUUUUUCCACACCUGAGAGAGGCGGGGGUAGUAGUAGCACCUCCACUCCCUCUCACCCACCCCCACCCUACGGAGCCCACCACACGACUGCAGCAAUGGUCGACAGGCGUGUCGUGAGGCCUAACCGCCUCCCUUUGGGCAGGAGAAGCUUCCACGGCCCACUGCGGGUCAGUGAACCCCCCACAGCGUCUGCAGGCACCUCCACCUCUGUCCCCGCAACUGUCAGCUCCUCCGAGGGUCCUUCCAGUCCUGGAGAGUAUAUCAACAUCGAGUUCGGUGAUCACUACCCCCUCCAACAGCAGCCCCCUGCCUACCCCCUCUCCGCUGAAGAUGAAGUACCUUCCCUUGGGUCCGGCGACCAUCGUCGCUCUCCUCCUCAGCCCCAAACUCAUCAGGACUACAUGAGCGUAGAGGUCGGGGCAGACCAGCAGGACAGCACCGAAUGUCUGGGAAAAAACCAGUCCCCUCGACCCAGCCUUGUUGCCCCCUGGAACCCGCCCAGUUACAUCAGACCCCUGGCUAGCAAUCCUGGGGCACUGGCCUCCCCGGGAGUCCCUGCAGGGGGUCACUGGAGGUCGAAGGGCGACGACUACACGGACAUGACGUUCAACCUCAGCAGAGGCGAGAGGACUCAAACGAGCCCCACGGCCAUGCUGCAGCACCUCUGCGUCAUCGAGGGACGAUACGGCCACGCCACCUCCGCCUCUUCCUCGUCCAGUUCCCCUCCUCUUCCUCCGUCGAGCCCCAGCAGGGCGGCAACGCACCAACCGGAACCCAAGGUGGUCCGGGCGGACCCUCAAGGCAGGAGGAGACACAGCUCGGAGACGUUCUCCUCCACUUCCUCUUCUAAUUCAACUCUCUCUGGAGGCGGCCCCUCGUCCUCCUCCACCCACCCCUCGCAGGUCAACCCCUCAGCCCCCAAUGGAAUCCUACCUGCAGGAGGGACAGGCCUCCAGGUGGGCCAGCUCAGCGUCUUUUGACAGUGUUUGGGUAUCGGUGGAGGGUCUAGGUGACUCCCCAGCCCACCAUGCUCCAACAAGAGCUGUGGAGAUGGGUUCAGCCUCCGGGACCUCAGCAUC